UGUGUAAUGCUACACCUGCCGAAGCUCAGCGAUAGGAAGUAGAUGGCAUAUGGACGUCCUCAUGAUGGACCUCCAUCCUUUCUAGCGGCCCGAAUCUCGACCUAACAACAAACACCCUGAAAUGACUCGGACGGGAGCCAAAGUUCAGCAACUGCGAGGAGUCUCAUCAGUUCCGUCAGCCCUACGUAGAACCGCCCGGCCCCAGGCUCUGCACGGACCAAUGAUGGACCCUGACAGGCGUGCCAGGCUGCUGCUCCAUCCCCCGCCAUUCCAACAGCUCAGCUGCCUUCGCCGCGUGAACGUCCCGUCAACAAGGUGCCAGCUUCCCUGUGGUGACUUUCGCAAGCUCUGUUACAAAAACAGAUUUCAGUCCCUUUUUUUCAGUUCCUCUACACUCAUUCUCUCUGAACAAUCCUGAACAGUUUAUCCGCGGACAAAAGACGGCAACCCCGCGUUGAAACACGCCAGCCCUCCCAUCGAUAUCCGCCCGGUGGAUGGGCGCAUUGCUCGCCAAGAUGGCAGCUCGUCCAAAGCUGCGGAUCCUCUGCUUCGGCGACUCACUCACCGCCGGCUAUGCAUGCUAUGGAGCGAUCCAUCACCCAUACCACGAGACGCUGGAGGAGCUGCUGAAAAUGGCGUUUCCGGACCUUAGCAUCGAGACGGUCGAGGACGGCGUGUCCGGGGCGACAGUGAAGUAUGGGUUCCAGUCGAGGAUGAAUGAACAAUUUGCCCCGAAGAAGAGUAAGAACAAGGAUGAGGAAGACACCGGGAAACGGUACGACUGGGCCAUCGUAUUGGGAGGCACAAAUGACCUUGGGGUGGGCGUGCCCCCGCAGGAGAUCUUCGAGGCGCUCAAGGCAGUCUGGAACGUUCCACUCGUUCACAAGUGCAAGGUCCUCGCGCUCACGGUCCCCGAGGCUGGCGUAAAGGGCAAGGUCAGAGAGAGGCUCGACGCGAAGAGGAACACGCUGAAUGACCUCAUAAAGGGGUACAAGCGGGAGGGCUUCCAUGUCUUCGACCUUCACAAAGUGGUCCCGUAUUGGGGCAUGUCAGAGAAAGAUCGGGAGCGGUAUUGGGACGAUCACCUCCAUUUCACGCCGGACGGGUACGACCUGAUUGGAAACAAAGUCGGCACUGCGCUCGUCAGCAUCCUGGCCGCAGAGCGGGCGGCGGCUGACCCGCGUCCUCCUAAACGACGGCGGCGCAUGUUUAAGGAUGACGACGAGAGGUUCGAGGAGGAGGCAGGUGACCCGUCGGCUAUCAAUCAAGGAUACGUGGUAGUCCGGCGUACAGACCUCGAUUAGGGUACGGGUAUGACAAGUGACGAGUGAAGAGUGAAGUACAGGGUUGGACCGGAGUUUGGGUGCACAGGGAGACUGGAUUGGUAGACGAAAUGCGGGCUGUUUCCCUGGGCUUGGUUUCUUAUUUACCC